CUUUCGCGUUCGGAGAGAUUGUCAGUCAGCUGGAGGAAAAAAUAAGAGUUAACUUGUUUUUAUCCGUCGCGGAUAUUUGAGCGGUCACGUUGUGUCGUCGCUGCGUCCGUCACACGUUUAACUCAACAUUACGAGGAGAGCCAAAACGAGAAUGUAGUGUUGUUGUUGUUUUUUUUUUUAAAACGAUAGGUGACGGUGGAUGUUGCUACGUUCAUCCCAUCGCCCCGGGUCUCUCUCUCUCUCUCUCUCUCUCUCUCUCUGCUCUGCUUCCCGGGCGACUGUCAACCUCCUGUCGCCUUUCCCGAGACCAGCCCCGGCUUCCCCCCCGAUCUGUCGUCUGGAGCAUCGGGUCGUGGAUGACUAAGCUGCCGGGGCUCCGUGCCUGUGUCCGCCGGGCGGGCCGAUGCUAGGAGCGGGGAAAACAUAGCGGCGUGGGUCGGUGAGGAGAUGUCAGAGCGGGAAUGCCUCGUCUUGGAGACAGUGUUGUAGUCGAGGGUAUACACCAGUGUACACAGUACCUCUCUGACUCGGCGUGUGGACUAGAGGACCAACUUUUCCGCCUAACUAGUAGUGACACAUAUAUGGAUGGUGGGGUCGCAGUAUGCCCACCCCCUCAACUACCAUUACACCACAGGCUGGAGGGAGUAGCAGUACCGGAGGGGAAGAGGGGCCCAUGUCUGCCACCUCCACCUCUUCUAUCGGCUCCUCAUUCCGGUUCGUCCCGGCUUUCUGCCUGGGCGUGGUGGCAGCAGUAGUGUUUCAGCUGGCCUGGGGAGGCCUGACUCUCACAUCUUUCUUCUUGAAGUUGUUCAUCUAUGUGUCAUUCGCCCUGCUGUGCUUUCUGGCUGGGAGCUUUGUUCUGCUAGUCAGGAAGAGUCCUCUCAGAGUCAGCUGCUUUGACAGAAACAGGAGGCAGUCAGCUGUGCGGCUGGACUUCUUCAACAAGCUCAUGGCCCGUUUUUUGGUGCCAGUUCAGGAGUCAAGCCAGAACAAGAGGGUGGUGGUGUCACACAACGUGGACAAAGCUCUGAAGGAAGUGUUUGACUAUGCCUACAGAGACUACAUCCUGUCCUGGUACAACCCUUUGAGCCGUGAUGAGGGCCAGUUGUACUCCAUGCUGUCGGAGGACUGGUGGCAGAUGAUUGGGCAAUUGAGAUCCAGGCUCGCUGACAUUGACCUUGUCAAUGUGGUGUGUUAUGACACCAUCCGAAUCCUUCACACACACUUCACUGACCUCAAGGCUGCAUCUGCAAGACCAGAGGAGUGUGCUCGGCCGUUUCCUCUCCAUCCCUGUUUGGUCAGUCCCGACUCGGAGCUGGCCUUCCUCCGCUGUGUGGCCAGAAUACUGCUGCUAUGUCUGCUCCCACAAAAGGACGCCAAGUCACAUACACUACGCUGCUGCCUCACAGAAGUCAUCACUACUAAAGUGUUGAAGCCUUUAGUAGAAGUGCUGAGCGAUCCAGACUCCAUAAACAGGAUGCUGUUAUCUCAGCUGGAGCAGAGGGAGCAGCAGGCUGAGCAGCAGAAGAAAGCCUACACCUACGCUGCCUCCUAUGAGGAAUUCAUCAAACUGAUAUCAACUUCUGCAGAUGUCAAUUUCCUCACACAACUCAGGUAUCAGAUUGUGGUAGAGAUUAUUCAUGCCACCACCAUCAGCAGCCUGCCUCAGCUCAAGAAGCAGAAAGAGCGUAAAGGUAAAGAGUCAGCAGCAAUGAAGGCAGACCUGCUCAGGGCCAGAGAUAUGAAAAGAUAUAUCAAUCAGUUAACUGUUGCUAAGAAACAAUGUGAGAAACGGAUCCGCCUACUUGGAGGACCAAACUAUGAGAAUAAUGAGGAAGGAGGGGCAGAUGAGACUGAUGAGCCUCAAAGUCAGAAGAUUCUUCAGUUUGAUGACAUCAUGUGUAAUCCAGGUUACAGGGACCAUUUCAGAGUUUACAUGGAAAGAGUUGAUAAGAGAGCUCUGAUAAGCUUCUGGGAACUGGUGGAAACUCUGAAAACUGCGAACAAGAAUGAGGUGCCCCAAAUCGUAGGGGAAAUCUACCAGAAGUUCUUUGUGGAGAGCAGGGAGAUUCCAGUGGAAAAGAUUCUCCUUAAGGAGAUCCAGCAGAGUCUGGUGGGGAACAGAGGAACACAAGUCUUUGUCAGACUACAGGAACAGGUGGCUGAGACGAUGAGAGAGCGCUACUACCCCUCCUUUCUGGUUUCUGACCUCUACGAUAGGCUGAUCAGACGAGACGAGCAGCAUAGCCAAUCACAGUGUAGCACUGAGGAAAAGGAGGAAGGGUGUCAGGGUCUAGACGCAGGAGGGGACGUGUGUGAUGAAGGCAGCAAGGGAAUCAAUGAGCAGGCCAGCUAUGCUGCUACGAAACUCCGCCAACUCUUUGACAAACUUGAGUACAAGCGACAGGCCCUGGGCUCUAUCCAGAAUGCACCUAAACCAGACAAAAAGAUUGUGAGCAAACUAAAGGAAGAGAUAGGCACCAUGGAGAGAGAACACAGUGAACUCCAACAGCAUAUCACCAGGACUGACUGGUGGUGUGAAAACCUGGGGCACUGGAGGGCUGUUAUUACUACUGCCGAGGCUACAGAGGAAGGUGGCGAGACAGUAGCUUGUUACAGUGUGUGUGUUAGCCUGGUAGAAGGAGAGGAGUCGGCCAACAGUCGCUGGAGUGUGCAGAGGAAACUCACUGAAUUCCAGAUGUUGCACCGCAAACUCACAGAGUGUUUUCCAUCGUUGAAGAAACUCCAGUUACCAUCCCUCAGUAAACUUCCCUUCAAAUCCAUCGACCAGAAAUUUUUAGACAAGAGCAAAACUCAGCUCAAUGCCUUUCUCCAGCGUAUGCUGACAGAUGAGCGGUUGUGCCAGUCAGAGGCUCUCUAUGCGUUCCUCAGCCCGUCCCCAGAGCACCUCAAGGUGAUGUCAAUCCAGAAGAAAUCGUCUUUCUCUCUGGCCUCCUUCCUGGAGAGGCUACCUGGAGAUUUCUUCUCUCAUACUGAGGAGGAGGCUGAAGAUGACAGCGACUUGUCAGACUACGGUGAUGAGGCUGAUGGGAGGAGAGACGCCCUGGCUGAACCCUGCUUCAUGCUCAUAGGAGAGAUCUUUGAACUCAGAGGAAUGUUUAAGUGGGUGAGGAAGACUCUAAUUGCACUAGUCCAGGUGACAUUUGGACGAACUAUCAACAAACAGAUCCGGGACACAGUAAACUGGAUCUUCUGUGAACAGAUGUUGGUGUGUUACAUCAGUGUGUUCAGGGACAACUUCUGGCCCAAUGGGAAGUUGGCACCACAUGUCAAGGUCCGAACUGACAGCGAACGCAGUGAAACUAAAGAACGGGCUCAGCAGAAACUACUUGACAAUAUCCCAGAUGCACUAGCAAAUCUAGUUGGCCAGCAGAAUGCCCGAUAUGGAAUCAUCAAGAUCUUCAAUGCCCUGCAGGAGGCUAGUGCCAACAAACAUCUUCUUUAUGUAUUGAUGGAAAUGUUACUGAAGGAAGUGUGCCCUGAACUCAGCGCAGAGGUGGACAACAUCUGAACACACACUCAUAUCACUUAAACACACACAGUCUUUGGAUCUGUUUUGGCCUCACUGUAGCUGACCAAUCAUAAACUGCCAAGCUAGACAGGGAGAUGGCCGUUUGGUUAAACCUCAGAUGGAAAGCAGCUGUGUUGGUCAGAACUGAGACACAUGCUGAUUCUGUUACUAGAACUUUGCUGUGAAAUGAUGAAAAGCUGCACUGACAGCAGGCUGAAAGGGGCCGACGUUUGAUUUGUUGUGGUACAGAUCUCAACUUGUCUGUCUGAAUGGGGAGAAACCACAAAGACUCUGACUUCUUCCUAUUUAGGCAGCAGUCUAACUAGGCAGAUCACAUUUGUACUUGAAAGUCCACAUUCACACAAGAACAAAUAGUAUUUUUGACAUCAUGUGACCCACGUAUGCAGUUUUUUUUCUUAUUUAAAUAGCACUGAAACAGGUCUGUACCACAACAAGCUGAGAUAAAAUCAAGGCGGUCUAUAGAUUACAAGGAAUAGUAAUUCAUGAAAGUCAUCAACUUGAUCGUAUGGUCGUGAAUUUGUAAUCUAAAGACCUCAAUUAAAUGCAUCAAAGACAGUUGAAGUUCAGAUUUUCUGUUGCCCUCUGAAGGCAGCCAGUGUGUGUCUGUCGGACCUCUGAACAUUCCUCCUACACACAACCUGAGCAACAACACUUGUGUUCUGUGAUUCUUGUUAAGGCUUAUAAUUGUGCAAUAUAAUGUCAUGUAAAAGUCAUUGUGAUGAUUUUAUUUAUGAUUAUUAUUGAUAGAUUUUAUUUUUACCAAAAAUUGUUUAGAGAACGUUUAUAUAAGCAAUAAAUUGCAAACAAAAAGUU